AAGGGAUGCUACUGUGAGAUGGAGACCCCAGCCCCCACCGUGGCGUGGAAAGCUAUCGAUGAAUGACCCGAACCCUUGUUGCUCAAUCAUUCUGCACUCAUAUCUGUCAAAUGUUCUACAGUUCUUUAUUGGUCCAACAAUUAUUCACUGCUUUGGUUGUCGAGAUCCAUUGCGUUUUACAUUACUUGCUCGAACAAUUCUUCCAUCACAUUUAUUGGCGGAUGUGAUGUCGGUUAAAGCGGCUGUUAUAAAGACGAUGUGGAUUACGAGCAAGCCAAUAGAACAAUUUCGAAAAAGUCUUUUUCUUUCGAGUAGAAAUUGUUGCUCGUUUCCUACAUUUUUUGAUAUGCGGCAGUGCGGAAUCCGCUGGAAAACCAUGAGACCGAGGAGUUGAAAAGGUCGAGUCUUUCCUUCCCUCUUUCGUUGCCCUCGUCCUUCCCCACCUUAUCACAUGGCCUCGCUGCCGCUGGGACCCCAUCAUCCGCCGCCGCCCCUGCCGCCGCAGGAGCACGACACGCUCAACCCCGCCGCCGCUCCUCGCCGACCUGGGAUGGAUGAAGACAAGAAAACAUCUGUUUUGGAGGGGAACGAUGCAGUCACUGGACAUAUCAUUUCCACCACCAUUGGAGGCAAGAAUGGUGAACCCAAGCAGACCAUCAGUUACAUGGCAGAGCGCGUCGUAGGGACUGGCUCAUUUGGAAUUGUAUUCCAGGCAAAAUGUUUGGAAACAGGGGAGACUGUUGCGAUAAAGAAGGUUUUGCAGGAUCCAAGAUACAAAAACCGUGAGCUGCAGCUGAUGCGUUCAAUGGAUCAUUCAAAUGUGAUCUCACUAAAGCAUUGUUUCUUCUCCACCACAAGCAGGGAUGAGCUUUUUCUUAACCUGGUCAUGGAAUAUGUGCCUGAAACUCUUUAUCGUGUUCUAAGACAUUACAGCAGUGUGAAUCAGAGGAUGCCUCUUAUAUAUGUGAAGCUUUAUACGUAUCAGAUAUUUAGAGGGUUGGCUUAUAUUCAUACAGUUCCUGGUGUUUGCCAUAGAGAUGUAAAGCCACAAAAUGUUUUGGUAGAUCCUCUUACUCAUCAAGUCAAGCUAUGUGAUUUCGGAAGUGCAAAGGUUUUGGUCAAGGGUGAACCAAACAUUUCUUACAUUUGCUCUCGGUAUUAUCGUGCUCCAGAGCUUAUUUUUGGUGCAACAGAAUAUACAGCAUCUAUUGAUAUAUGGUCAGUGGGUUGUGUUCUUGCUGAGUUGCUCCUCGGUCAGCCAUUAUUUCCUGGAGACAGUGCUGUCGAUCAACUUGUUGAGAUAAUCAAGGUUCUCGGGACUCCAACUCGUGAAGAAAUUCGGUGCAUGAAUCCAAACUAUACAGAGUUCAGGUUUCCACAGAUAAAGGCUCAUCCAUGGCACAAGAUAUUUCAUAAGCGAAUGCCUCCUGAGGCAAUAGAUCUUACGUCGCGCCUUCUCCAAUACUCUCCUAGUUUUCGGUGCACUGCAUUGGAAGCAUGUGCUCACCCCUUCUUUGAUGAGCUACGAGAACCAAAUGCACGGUUGCCGAAUGGUCGUCCUCUGCCUCCACUUUUUGACUUCAAACAAGAAUUAAAUGGUGCAUCGCCAGAGCUCAUCGACAAGCUGAUUCCGGAACACCUGAGGCGACAAUUGAGUCUCAGUUUCCUGCGAGUUCCUGGGACGUAGUGUGCAGCAAUCACCUUCGUGAUGUUAUGGUCAAGAUCAAGUAAUCCCACUGCACAGUUUUCAUGCCAUCGCUAAAUUUCGGCAAGAGGUGUGCAAGAUGAACCAGGUGGAGCUGCCGGGUUAAAAGCAAGGUUGUUAUAACCUAUCCUGCCUACUGCCGAAAUCUGUAUAUUGCAACUUAUUUAGGAUCAUUAGGAUCUUGUUUCUUCUGUGGAUGGCUCCGAAUGUUCAAAGAAGUAUGUUUUGCUGGAGGGGACGACUAUGUACGUGGCUUUUAACUGUGGUUUGAUCUCUUUCGUUGUUGUUUGAUGAUGUCGGUGCAUGGUAGGAUGUCCAAGUCGAGUGCAGCUCAUGGGAGCUCCUCUUUUCUUCAUCCGUUCUUAUUGUAAAUGUAUGUAAUUUAGAAGAUUGAAGAUUUGAGCUGAGGAUGAAAACUUCUGUAA